UCUCUUAUCGGAAACUCGAGGGCGAAGUUGCUGAAAACAGAUGAACCCGUCCAUGUCGCCACGAGCCUGUAGCUCCUAAUCAUUACUGUGCAGAAGCAGACGCUAUAGGGUAAGCAAUGCAGGGCACCAGAGGAGCGGUGAAAGCUAAAGUGUGUGUGUGCCUGAAUCCAAGUCCCUGACUUUCCUUGUCUUCUCUUCCCCACCAUCCUCUUUCUCCCUUCUACCCCUCUGUCUCCCCUUCUUCCUACCAAUUAGACACACCCUUCCACAGCAAUCAUGGCUACGCAAUACCAGCUCGAGCCCGUCAAGACCAUCAGCCUUGAAGAAAUGCAAGGCUGCAUGGCCGCCGUCUACGAAUGGGCCGACUCUUACGACAGCAAAGACUGGGCCCGCCUAGCCAAGUGCGUCGCCCCGACCCUGCGCAUCGACUACCGCUCCUUCCUCAACAAAAUCUGGGAAUCCAUGCCGGCCGAAGAGUACCUGAAGAUGGCCUCCGACCCCCUCGUCCUCGGCAACCCCCUCCUCCGCACGCAGCACUUCAUCGGCGGCACGAAAUGGGAGCGCGUCAACGACGAGGAAAUCAUCGGCUACCACCAGCUCUGGGUGCCGCACCAAGUGUACAAAGACGCGAGCCUGCAGGAAGUCGCGAUCCGCGGGUACGCGCACUCCUUCAACCUGCACUGGUACAAGAAGGUGGCCGGGGUGUGGAAGUUUGCCGGCCUGUGCCCCGACAUCCGGUGGACGGAGUUUGAGUUUGACAAGGUGUUUGAGGCCGGGCGGAAUGAGAUGGGCGAGAAGGCGGCCGAGGCGGCUGUUGGCAUCCCCUCCUCGUAAGAAGACGAAGGUGUAGACGCAUUUGGCAUGGAGGCAUUGGUGGGAGAAGAAGGACGGUGUUGGAUGAGAAAUGGAGAGGAAAAGCAUGUAGACACUACAAGAAAAGCACUAUGCACUUCGCUCUGCUGCAGUCCCUCGAACAUCGUCCUCCACAAAGCAAACCAUGCCAUCGGUGUGCUUCACAUCGUCCUUGCAGUAGAACAACAAAGUACUCUUCUCACCAGAAGCACAACAACCUU